UGUGUUGACAAAAAAAAAAAAAAAAAUGCUGGACCCGUGUGAGCCGUCCUUACGGUGAUCUGGUCCGCACUUGGUAAAACUGAUAAGAUAAGCCCCUGUCAGUACUCGAAAAAACACUCUCCCUUGCGACAAUGGAGACCGCGCUCUGCUCCUUCCCUUCCCUAAUCCAAUUCCGCCCCUCAAACCCAUUCUCCCUCUCGUUCCCGACCACCACCACCGCCACCACCUCCACCUUCUCCCUCCGCCGCCGCCGGCCCCUCACAAUCAAAUCCGCCAUUUCCCGCAACAAGAAGGAAGAAACCGUCGACACCGUCAAAACCCAGCUAGAAAACUGCUAUCUCCUCGCCGCAAUCCGGUACAAGGGCUUCACCGUCAAGCAGUUCCAGGAGCUUCGCCAGUCGUUGCCGGAGAAUUCUAAGCUGAUUGUGGCCAAGAACACUCUCGUCUACAAGGCCAUUGAAGGCACCCCAUGGGAGGCCCUCAAGCCUUGCAUGACCGGCAUGAAUGCUUGGCUGUUCGUCCACACCGAAGAGAUCCCCAACGUGCUCAAGCCCUACAGAAGCUUCCAGAAAGAGAAGAAGCUGGAGGACAACGAUUUCAGCGGAGGGGUGUUUGAAGGGAAGUUUUACGGGCCGGAUGAGUUCAAGCAGCUGGAGACGAUGCCGUCGAGGGCAGAGAUUUACGCCAAGUUGUUGGGUUCGUUGCAGAGCCCGGCCAUUGGGUUGGUGACUACAUUGCAGGCGCCCGCGAGGGAUGUGGUUAUGGUUCUCAAGGCUUAUGUGCAGAAGUUGGAGGAAGAACAGGGCGGCGCCGGCCAAUAGUUUCAUCGAUUCCCCCUUUUUGUGUAAGUGUAAGUUCUUCUUUUGGUCUGAGAACCUCAUAUUUUGUAGCCUGCCUGUUUGGUUGAAAUUGUUGUAGCAAUGUGAUGGGUAAGAAACCUAUGCCGCGGCACUGGAGAAUGCAAAUGGCGAAUACGCUUCUGAAAUUUGUAAAACUGACAAUUGAAUAGUGAUACCAAUUCAAUUCCAAAUGUUGUUAGGAUCUCUAGCUGUGACUCCCUUAAUGCUCUGUGUUUAAUUGAUCUUGCAUUUGCUUGAAGAUUUGAACUUGUCUUAUGUGUGAAUUUCCAUUGUGGGAUUCUGUUGCUAGUAGGUAGUGAAAUUUCUGGAGUUUGGUGGCUUGUAGUUGGGGGUUUGAUCAUGCUCUUAGGUUAUGGUGGAAAUCAAAUGAACGAGAGUUGCUGAACUGUGUACUUGGGAGUGGAGUUCUAGCUUGGUCGUGGAUGGUUAGUUGGUUACUCGAUAUAUUUCGCAUAAUCGAUACUAUGCACCAGCCUAGGGCUGCGUAGACUCUUGGUUAUGGCUGCUAUAUCAGACAUGACUUGCGCCUUGAUUGCAAAUGACUGAUGUUCUUAUUCUGCAUCUGCUACUACACAUGACAAGCCAAUGAUUGUCCUGAAAUACAGUUCAGUUUGCUGU